AUGGUCUCCGAGUUGGAUCUGAUCAACGUCUGCAAUAUACUCGUCAAUAUUAAGCUUCUGAAUGGUGUUUGCCCGCAGAGUCCGUGCACAGGAUGUCAACAAUUCGCCCCGCCACAGAACCCGAACGACGGCGAGUACACGAGCAGCUUCGAAGGCACUUUUGUGGGCCCGGCAAAUGGACAACCAAAUGGACAAGGAAACCCCCAGCAACAACUUGGCUACAACGAGCUGAACGCCGGAAAUCAACAACAAAUCGGAGGACAACAACCGAAUGGACAGCCAAUCCUCUACCCCGCCCCUGAAUUCAACCAACCCGGCCAACAAGGCCAACAGGUAAAUGCGGGUGGCGUCUAUCAGGGAUCGGCAAAUGGGCAGCCAAAUGGAAAUGGGCAAUAUAUGGAUCAGACCCAAUCCCCCUACAACUACAAUACCGUACACCCGAACAGCGGCUACGAUGCCAGUGCCCAGUAUCCGGUCACCGGAACGGCAGCUGGAAACGGACAAUCCAGCCCGACGGCAUUCCAGUACACUACUCCCUACAACCCGAAUAAUCAGAAUCAACAAUUCACCACCGCCUCGCCUUCGCAGUUCAACGAUCCCCAGACUACGCAGGGAUACCCACAGACAUCCUCAUACAACAAUCAACAGUUUGACACCCAGGGACAGCAGCAAUUCUCUGAUGGGCCCGCCCUUACUGCCAACCAUGCCGAUAUGAAUUAUCAAUAUUCCAAGGGCGUAGACGGCGGCUCGACACUUGUCCCCCAAAUGAUGGGCUCCACCCAGCCGUACUCUCUGCAACAGACGCAACGCCAAAAUACUGGUGCACCCGCUUCAACCAACGGAGGUGUCGGAACGGGCACGAACAACCGCCUGUACGACCACGGCGACAUGAACGCCCAGUACGGACAGUACGACACCACAAACACCGCCAACGCCGCGCAAACCGUUGCGACCGUGAUGGCGACGCUGCUCUUCUUCUGCUACCUU